AUGGAGUCGCAAGUCAGUGUGAUGCGUAUGCUCCAGCUCGAUAGCCGAUUCGCGUCCUAUCGAUUGAAUAAAGUAGGAAUUGAAAACAAUGUCCUUUACCUGCAGCCUACUUGUCGUAAAGCGCUUCUCAUAUGUUGUAUAGAUACUCUCUUCCCCUCCUCAUGGAAAUACAUCAUUCACUUACCUGUAGUGGAAUUGAUAUACUCUAAGCCCGCUUGCUCCUACUACACUGAUUACAUAUAUGUUUUAACAGUCUUAGUUUUAGAAGGCGAGGAGACUCCUAGUGUUGUUUUGUUCCAAGCUCACAAAAAAACGAAUGAUCUCCAAAAAUUUUACUUAGAUGAGUCAUCUGGAGCAGCUUUCGAAGAAGUUCCUCUAGAAGCAGUGAAGCUUUUCUGCGGUCAAGAGAAAUUGCACUUGUAUGAUGGUAGUAUCGUCAUUGGGGCCAUACCUUAUUGGGAUGUCAUUCUCGAUCACACCACAAACAAGUUCGUCAUUGAAAGAAAGGAUAUUCCCAAUGAUUCAUGUAAAAGAACAACUCGGUAUCCAAUCCCUGUCGCUCCAGAAUCAAGAAUAUUCGCUCAUUGGAGUGAAGAAGGCACUUUGACAGUUUCGAAUAACGAAAAGUGGGAAGAGUAUGUACCUGAUCCUUCCUGUUCUGUUAAUCUGUUUCUUUUUGGCAGUCGAGCAAUCCAUGAAACAUAUGGAAGAGCCGGUCAUCGUGUUGGCGCCAUAGAAUCCCCUAUGACGUUCUAUGCAGAUUUUCAUACGAUAAUAGCGAAAGUAACAGACCACCGUCGUCACAACUAUUUCCAAUUAUGUCUAGAUCAUGAGCAAAAAAUGUUCAAAGUCCUUCAUCGGGGAGUAGUGAAGUAUAGCUCAGGGGUAGAUCGUAUGUUCUACGCUAUGGUUACAGAGAAGAUCAUCGCUCUGAUAGGAAUCCGAUCUAUUGCUAUAACACCACUAUGCCCCCUUCCUCUUGCUGAUUUAUGUAUAUGGGAGAUCCAGAAGAAGCAUACAACGGUGGAUGGUUUGGGUGGCCGCAAAGGAGGAUUGAAACCUGACGAAAUUUGGAAAAAGUGUUGUGAAGUCAAGAACCCUCUUAGCUUAGCACAAUCGGAGAAAAUUGAUUGA